AUGGCAGGCAUAAAGUUGUCGAACGUGGGCCUUUUCCGGAGAAGAGACAAAGAGGCGGAGAGGAAGGAGGAGGAAGAAGACUUGGAUGCAUCAGACUUCGAGGACGAACCUACACAGCCGAGAAAGCAGAAGUCGCGGCGGCCGAAGGACACGCGGUUCACGCAGCAGCGGAUCGCGUCGGUGAACCACGUCGCGACGCCGCGGACGGUGGUGCCGGUGUACCUCGUGCUGGCGGUGGUGUUUGCGGCAGCGGGGGCGGUGUUGCUGCUGCAGUCGCGGCGGGUGGACGAGCUGAUCAUGUACUACCACGACUGCGAACGGCGGGCGCCGCGAGGGCGGUUUGCUGAGAUGGCGGCGGAGGACUACACGCAGGCGUUCCACAAGAUGCCCGAAUUUGCGCGAGCGCCACAGUGGAGCUACGAGCCCGCCCGCGACGCGGCGGAGGACGGGGUGUGCCGGCUCCGGUUCCAGGUGCCGUACCUGUUGGAGGGGCCGAUCUACGUGAGCUACUUGAUCGAGAACUUCUACGCCAACCACCGGCGCUUUGUGCUCUCGUUCAGCGAGGAGCAGAUAAACGGAAAGAACGCAACCUACAAGGACGUCUACGACUCGGUGGGCAUCAACUGUCGGCCGCUCGUGGCGAACGAGGAGGGCAAGCUCUACUACCCGUGCGGGCUCAUUGCCAACUCGAUGUUCAACGACUCGUUUCCGUUUUCCCUCGAGGGCGUGGGCAGGACGCCGAACUACGUGUUGUCGGACCGCCAUAUCAACUGGUCCGACGACAAAAACCGGUUCCGGAACACGAAAUACUCGCCGAAAGACGUUGUCCCGCCGCCUCACUGGCGGAAACGCUUCCCCGACGGCUACAACGAGAAAAACAUGCCCAACAUCGAGGAGUGGGAGGAGUUCCAGAACUGGAUGCGUACCUCGACUCUUCCGAAGUUCUCCAAGUUGAUCAGGCGCGGAGACGGCGCAUUGUCUGCGGGACAGUACGAGAUGAGUAUUGGUCUCCACUGGCCUGUCGACGGCUGGAAAGGAGGCAAGAAGGCCGUGUAUCUAUCCACCACAACUUCCACGGGCGGCCACAAUGACUUUUUGGGAAUCGUGUACUUGGCCGGAAGUGGCAUAUGCUGUCUCAUCGCGAUAUUGAUUCUUGUAGCGCGGUUUUUUGGGGGCAGGAAGAUCGGCGACCCUCGCUUUCUCUCGUGGAACAAAAUCAAGUACUGA